AGAGGAGAAUCAGGAAGGAUUGCGGCAGCGAUGGCUUUGGGCAGGUACGCGAACGCUCCACGCUCAGACGGAGGAGAGCAGAGCUUCACUGAGCGCGCUCCGUUUGAUGCCACUCGGUCUGCUAUGGAAACUAAUGAUGUGAGUCGUGCAGCGGAUCAUGAACGACAGGCAGGUGUCCGAGGGUGAUGCGGAGCGUGUGCGUGAGCCGUGGCUUGGCGACCCGACCCAAGCGCUGGUGACGGGGGUCAUGGGACUGCUGCUGCCCCCUGUCCGUCUCUCAGUCCGCCCCUCUGCCUCCGGAGGCCCCAGGGUCCUACGCUCCCUAAGGUUCCUGCCCAGUCCUGAAAACAGCACAGCCGGUGGUGAUUUUCGGCCUUGCGUCUGAAGAUAAUGUCUGAAUCUUCUCUGGACACCACAAGUUGUGACGUUAUGAAGGUUCUGGAGAGUGACGGGCCGCACAUGGCCGAACCGCCUGCGACCCUCAACGACCCCCAACACACGCCCCAGAACAACGGCACACACGCCCAGGAGUGUGUGACAGACCAAAGUUCCUCGCAUCAAACUCAGCUUGGCCAAUCAACACAGAGUAUUAAACGGUCCAAGUCCAACGGCAAGUUAAAGUUAGUUCGCAGCUUGGCGGUGUGUGAGGAACCAUCUCCACCCCCUCUCCGAGAACUGCCACAAGAACAGGAAAAGAUUGAUAUCGAGCUCAGUCAGGCUUUUGAAAAAGACGAAACGUCCAUCAAAAUUGAGGACGGUGAGAAAAUCUCAGAAAAGCCAGAGAAAACAGAUCGACUGUCCAAGAAGACACUCUCUAGAGAUCCCAGUCAGGAAUACACAGACUCCACGGGAAUAGACCUCCACGAGUUUCUGGUCAACACGCUGAAGAACAACCCCCGGGAUAGAAUGAUGCUGCUGAAACUCGAGCAAGAUAUUCUGGACUUCAUUAGUAACAUCGAAAGUCAGAAGAGGAAGUUCCCCCCGAUGACAUCAUACCACAGGAUGCUCCUUCACAGGGUGGCGGCGUAUUUUGGGCUGGACCAUAAUGUCGAUCAGACUGGGAAAUCAGUAAUUAUCAACAAAACCAGCAAUACUAGAAUACCAGAUCAGAAGUUUUCUGAACACAUUAAAGAUGAUAAAACGGAUGAUUUCCAAAAGCGGUACAUCUUAAAGAGAGAUAACUCCAGCUUGGACCAGGAGGAUGGCAGGCUGCGGAUGCGACUUAAGGAUGACAGACGGAGUAAAUCAAUCGAGGAGCGAGAGGAGGAAUACCAGCGCGCCAGAGACCGGAUCUUCGCCCAAGACGGACAAGAACAUUUCCCUUUUGAUAAAAGAAUUCAAGAGGACAUGACUUUCAUUAACACUCAGCAAAGACGACAGAUAUUCAGAUUGAGAGACGGGCGCUCGGGAAACAGUCGUCAGAGCAGCUCUGAGAACGAGCUGAAGUAUUCGGAUCCUCGGCCCUGGAGCAGCACAGAUUCAGACAGCUCCCACAGAAACCUGAAGCCCGCCAUGACUAAAGCCAACAGCUUCAGCGGCAUCAGCCUUCUGAUUCGAGGAGACAGCACGGCCAGCAGCAAGAGCAUGGGGAAACUGUCUAAAACCAGUUCAGACUCCUCUAGUAGCGUAGGUUCCUCUUCCGGGUCGCUCUCUCGGCCUGCUCAUCUGCCGUUACCCGCCCCCGUUGUUCCUCAUCCCGGUCGGGGCUUCACCCCAGCGGCCCCUCCUCCGGCCGCGCCCAUCGGGGGCAGCGCAACCGUCCCGGUCUCUCAGAGCGCAACUACUAACUCUAACAUUAAUACUAACGCUAGCUUCUACAUUGUUCCUCUGGACACUACCGCCAUCCCACCGGGCAGCGUUCUGCUCAAUCCACAGACAGGUCAGCCUUUUGUUAACCCCGAUGGCAGCCCGGUGAUCUACAACCCUGCCAUGACAUCACAGCAGGGGCGGGGCCAGCAACCCAUGUCUCUCCCGCCUCCUCCUCCUCCGCCUCUUCCUCCUCCCCCUCAACCUCAGCCAGCCAAUCACCUUCUAGCACAGCAACAGGAUGGUUUAAGUGCCCAGUUCAGCCAGAUGAAUCUAGUUCGGCAGCCUUCAGGUGACGGUCCGGACCCCCACACGGGCCUCUACCCACAAUCCCUGGUGCUCCAGAACCAUCCGCCCAGCGGCUACAUGCUUCCCUCGGCGGGACAGCCCAUGAGCAGCCAUCCCUACCCCCAUCCCACACCCGUCAAUCAACCCAUCCUACAGCCACACGGAUACAUACAGCAGCCCGUGCAGCAGGUGUCGGCGUGUUACUGUGCUCCGGGUCAGUACUCGCACUCAAGCCAACACUACAGAGCAAUGACGCCGCUACACUACAGCGCCCCCCAGAGUCAGACACUGCCACCGCAACAGACAGGUUUCCAGACGGUCAUGCCCAGUCAACCCCCCAGCUACCAGGGCAUGAUGGGAGUUCAACAGACUCAGAACCAAUCGCUGGUCAGCUCUCAGGGCGGAAUGGGCAAUCAGAUUCAGAGCGUUAUGGUGCAGUAUCCCACAAUGCCUCCGUAUCAGGUGUCUAUGCAGCAAGGGUCUCAGAGCGUUCAGCAGGCACCCUAUCAGCAACAGAUCAUGCUGCAGGGACAGACCAAUCAAGCGCCAGCGCCCUCCGGCAACAUGCAGGUGUAUUACAGCAUGCUGCCGCCAACACAACACUCUAGCAUCAGCUCAGCCGUUGGCUUCCUCCCGCCGCCGCCGGGUUCAGAGCAGAUGUCAUUUCCAAGAGCGCCCUCCCCCUGCGGCUCUCAGCCAAUCACAGGCCAGCAGUGCACAGCAGUGCCUCCGCCGCCCCCUCCUGGUGGAGUGGUGAUGAUGCAGUUGAGCCUUCCUCACAGCCAGCAGCCGAGAGCCCCGUCUCCACCGCACUGGAAACCGAACCGCUACUACAAACCCAGCGAGCUUCCCCCACAGGACGCCACGCAGAAUAAUCCGCAGCAGCUGCUAAGCCCCUCCCCAUCUCCGGCGCAAUCUCCUGUUCCUGCCCAUCUGGUCAAUCUGAAGGGUCCUCGUCCUGGCCACGCCCCCUUUCCCAUCAUGCCCCAGUUUUCCCGCCCUUACGCUCCAGGCCAAGGUGAUGGCAGGUAUCCUCCUCUGAUUGGGCAGCCGCUCCAGUAUAACCCUCCCAUCAGACCGCCACUAAUGCACGGCUCUCAUGUGGUCAACCACCACCAUCAUCAUCAUCUUCAUCACCACCAGGGUCCUGUGGGUAUCCGACACGGCCUGCGUAGUCGAAGACCCCCAAAGAAAUCACUGUCUACUGACAUGAGCACUGGAGAAACGGACACGGGCCGCGUUUUGGAGGUGACGGACCUUCCGGCUGGCAUCACUCGAGUGGAAGCGAACUCUUUACUGGCAGAACUGAGCAAAGUUGGCGCUCUCAUAAAAUGGCUGCCCGAAACCCCAUCCCCCAACCAAUCAGAGGGAGCGGACGUCACGAACUCUGACCCUCCCCCUCACGACCUGGCGUCCACGUACACCAUCCUGGCCUUGUUCCCGUCGAAGUACGCGGCGCAAAGCGCGCUCCAAAAACUCAACAGCUCCAUCACCAAAUUCAAACUGAGAACUAGCAGGGGACAUAAUGAACAGCACACGCUGGCCAGAUCCAGCUCUCAGUGAGGCCACGCCCCUUCCCCCUCUCUCCACCAAUCACCACCAUUGCCUCAGGCUCACUUCCUGCCAUUUCAGUCACACGCCUUCCUGGUUUUGUUUGUUUGUUUGUUUGUUGCACCACUAUGGCUUGAUCCAAACGGGUUUGUUACUUUCGAAUGUGGUUUUCACGCUAGUUUGUUAAAAAAAAAAAAAAAAGAGAACAUUUCGAAUGUUGUAGUUGAAUUGUUCUUUCACGGUUUCAGGCGAAUUUGAGCUAUCAAGCUUUGUUAUUUAAAAGAACCCAAAACCGAAGCAAAAUAAGAUGUUUGGCUUAUUUUUAUGACUUUUUUUUGUUCAUUUUGAAUAGAUCAGGAGUGCAAAACUGAAACCGGAGGAUGUUGUUUUUGGGGGGGGUUAUCGCAAAUGUCACAACGCAUCUUAUUGUUUGUACAAUUUUUUUGCCCAUUUUUUGUUAAACGAAUGGAAACAAGCAACCAAACAUGUUACAACUGACCCAUGAACUUAAAGACGGGACACAAGGGAACACUUCGACCUGUGCCUUUAAACAGGGACGCGUUUUACGCUGAACAAUGACUAAGCCAGAAAAACAACGUCCAAAAAUGCAUAAUUUAUACUGUAGCCGAAUCCAAAUAAGCAAGUCAUUUUUUUUUUCCUUCGUCCGAGUGCAAGUUUUUGGCUCUCCAGAAUGUGGACUGAGUGUUUUUGAAUUUUUAACUUAAUUUAAACGUUGAUGGAAACGGCGCAGUGGCCAAACGGAAGGUUUUAUCGCUUUCUUUCUCGUAACCUGUCUUUGGGGCGACGGACAUUCAACAGUCCAUUUAUGGGUUUUUAGAUUUCUUAUCCUAUUAAAAGUCACUGGAAUAAAGGUUUGCACUCUCUCUCUCACACACACACACACACUCGUCUUUCCCCUCUUCUCUUUUUUUUUCUCUUAUUUUAUUUUGGUUGUGAGAUGUGUGGACUAUGAAAGGCUGUAAAAUGUUUGCUGGAGCAAGUUGUUUUUAUCUCAGUUUGAAACCAAUAAAUGUUUACACAUAACGGUU